AUGAUUUAUUUUAUCUUAGGUAUUACUUUAAUAAUUGCAAUUAGAUAAAAGAUUAUUUUAUAUUAUAUAUUAGAUAAUAAUCAGGUAUCGUUAUUAAAGUUUUAAAUUCAUAAUAUAGUUUAAUCAAACAAAAAGAAAAAGAUUAUUGAAAUUUUGAUAAAAUAAUAAAUCUAACAAGAAAAUUUAGAUAUUUUUCAAAUAAUAAAUCAUUUUAAAAAUUUUGAUUAGAAAAUAUAAUAUAUAGAUUAUUUAAAAGAUAAAAAUUGUAUGUAAGGACUUUUACUUUUAUCAAAAAUUAAAUCUGAUUAAUUUUCAUAAUUAUAGCAAAUAAAAUUAUAAAUUCUUAAAAAAAAAUUCAAUUCUCAUUGCAGUCGAUAUUAUAAUUAAUAAGAAGAUAUUAAAUUAGCUACCAAAGUCUUAAUUGCCGAAGAUAAAGUGAUAAUGCUUUUAAAUAAAAUAUCAAGAAUAAAACUAGAAUUUUUAUUUUUAUUAAAAAGUGAUCAAGAAGAAUAAGCUUAUAUCAAUUCAAUUUUAAAAAGUUUUAAUAAAAUAACAUAAGAAUUGUAAAAUUGCUAACAUCAAUUUGAAAAUUUAAUAGAUAUAAGUUAAUUAAAAAUGAAAUUUUUAUAAAAAAGUGAUAUUCUAACAAUAAAACACAUAGCAAAAUUUUAUCAAAAUUUUUAUUUAGAUUAAGAGAAAGUAUUAAUAAUAAAAAUUAAAUUAGGCUUAAUAAAUAAGAAGUAGAAUGGUUGAUAAAAUUUAAUGGAAUAAAAUGUUAAAUCUAUAAAUUGAAACAUGUAUUUAAAGAAAUUUAUAAUAUAGGUUAAUGCUUAGUUAUACAAAUUAGCUAUUAGAAAGAAUUUGGAAAGAUUGAAAAUCUUAAUACUUAAAGAUUAAAAUAAACACUUCCAAAUCUUAAGAUAAUCCCUCAAAAUAUGUCAGAUUUACUACCUCUAUUUUGGAAGGAUUCUUAUUAUAAAUUAAUUUAAUCUUAUUUAGAAUCAUCAAUAAAUUCUAAGAAUUUAAUAAUUGGAAUUUUAAAAAAUGAAUAAUUUAUUUAGCCAUGUCAAUUUUAUCUAUCAUAUUAAUUAACUGAUGAUGAUAUAAUAAUAAAUCAAUUUAUUAUAAUAGAUAAAUUAACUCCAUAAACAUUAUGGUUUAAUUCAGAUGGAUAGAUACUUGGAAUUUCUAAAGAAAUUUAUGAACAUUUAAUUUUAAAAUCUGAGAAUGCUUAUACAUAAUAAUUGAAAAUAAACGAAUUUUUAGAAAAUGCUAUGAUUCAAUUCUAUAUAAGUGAAAUUUAUUUUCAGAUAUUAUAAUUUUAGAGUUUAACUACAUAAAAUUAAUAUACUUUAAAAGCAUAGACUCAGUGGAAAUUCCCAUUAAAUCAUAAAAAAUGUUUUGAAAGAGUUAAAUAAUUUUAUUAAGAUGAAAUUUCAUUAACUUCAAGAAAGUCAUUACAAUACAUAUUUUAUUCUUAAUCUACCAAAAAUAUGUUUAAUAAUUUUAAAUAAAAAGUCACAAUAACUCAAACGACAGAUCCUAAAAUUUAAAAUGUUCCAAUAAAAAUGAUAAAACCUAAUUAUCAAGAUUAAAUAUCAAAAUUAGUGAUCAGUUCUAAAUCUAUUAGCAUAGAUAUUGAAUAUGAAUUAGCCUUUUUAAAAUAUGAAUAAAUUGAAGGUGAUCAAAUUGUUUUAUUUUGUAUUAACUUUUUAGUAGUGGAAGGAUUAAAAAGUCACAUAUCUUAAGAUUAAUAUAUUUAAUAAGGAUUAAAUAAUCUUAUAAAUAAUAUAUAAUAAUAAGAUUAUUAUAAUAAUUUUGAACAAACACAGUUUUAAGGAGAAGAUUUAAUAAAUCAAAAAGGUUCAUAUAAACAUAUUAAGAUAUCUUUUUUUCUGUUAUUUAUUGUUUCGAUUAUUUUAAUAAUUUUAUCUUAUUUAAAUAUUUCUACAAAUGAGAGUGAUAUAAAAGUUUUUGAAUAUUACUAUGAUUAUGCAAUUUAUCCUUAAGCAAUAACAUUUGUUUAUGCAGCAUAAUAUUUAAAUUAAUGGAAUAGAUUUUGUUAAAUCAAGAAUAUAUAUAAUUUAUCUGAAUUAGUAGAAAAAUCAAGAUUAGGAGCACUUGAAUUUGUGAAUGGAGUAUUCUUAGGAAGAUAUAAUUAAGAUACUAUGGGUUGUUAUCUUUUAAGUCUUGAAAUCAAUUAAGAAAAGAUUAUUGUUGAUUUUUACAAUAAUAAUAAUUAUACUUUAGAAAAAGAAGAAUUGAAUCUUUUAUAAUUUUUUGAUAUAGCAAGAACAAAAAUGGAUAAAAUGCACAGAGAAAACUUAAUAAAUUAUAAGUCACCUUUAGAAGAUUACUCAACUUUAAAUUCAUCUAGUUUCAUAAGAUAAAAUAUUAUCAAGAUAUUUGUGUUUUGUGAUGUUGCAAUGGAAGCUUUGGUUGAAAUUGUAAUAGAUAAAAUAGAAUAAUCAACAUUUUAAUUUAAUAUAAUUUUAAUUAUUGAAUGCAGCUUAGCCUUUAUUAUUAUUUUAGUCUAAACGAAAACUAUGGUUUAAUCUUCAGAAUUAAAAAAUAAAAUAUUUUAAUUACUUACUCAUUUAAAUCAUGAUACAAUAAAUGAUAUAAUUAGUUAAUUAGGAGAAUAACAUCCAUAUAAUUCAAUGUCUUCUACAACUCAAAACUAAUUGACAAUCAAUAAUUAAUAAACAAAUCGUGUCACAAAAUAAAAAUUAACAACUUAAAUUAAUCAUAAAUUAAUUAAUUAUAAAUAUAAAUCUUUAAAAUCAUUCAUAUUACCUUUAACUUAUUUUUUAAUAUUCAUUACUCUAGGAUUAACAGUAUCAUUUUUACAUUUAGAAUACUAUUCUUAAUAUAAAUAAUCUUUAAGAACUACUUUUUAAUUUGUCAAACUCAAAAAAAUAUUUGAUAGUUCAGUUUUAUUGGGUGAAUUAAUUAAAACUGAAUACUUAAUAAAUUCUGAUUCGUUAAAAUACAUUAAUUAAACUGAAACUAUAUCUUAAUUUUUUAAUUAUACUGAUUAAUUGUUGCCUAUAAUAAAUAACAUAAUUGAUGAAGUAAUGGAAAAUGAUAUUUUUAAUUCAUCAACAUAAGAAAUAAUUAUGACAGCUCUAUAAGGAAAUUUAUGUGAAAAUUUUUAAAAGUUCUAUUAUUUUUGUAAUAUUUCAUCUAAUUUGAAUUAUAGUGAUAUAGAUAUUACUUAUAUGUAUUUAACUCAAGGUAUUAGUGGUAUGAUGCAAAAAUAUUAAAAUUUAUUAUAGAGUGAAUUUUCAUAUGAGAGAGACACCCUAAAAUAUUAAAUUAAUACAACAUUAUUAUAGGAAUUCUUAAAAACACAAAUUCAUUAACACAUAUUUGUUCAAUAUUUUUAUGAUAUGGAAUACUUAGUCUAUACUAGUUUUCACUAUUUUUAUGAAUAAACUAUGACAAUAGGCUAAGAUGUAAAAGAUAAACUAAGUAAUUUCUUCUUAUACUCAGGAUUGAUGUAUCAUUUCUUAUUUUAACAAUAGUUCAUUAACCAUUAUAAGUGUUGAAUUUCUAAUAUGGAAUUAUAUUGAAAAAUAAGAAUUUAAUUAAUUGAAAUUAAUUAUUACACUUCUUCCAUAAUCUUUACUCAAAAAUAAAAACAUUAGUCGAUUAGUUCUGAGAACUUUUACUUAAGUUUAUUGA